UCAAUGAAACCAACCUCAACUACCAACUACUUGCUCUCUUCGACUCUCAUUCUCUCUUAGAUAAAGCCAUAGCUCAUCACACAAUUAUUAUUCGUUCCAGUUGCAUUCUUCUCACUGUCCAUUUUUGUCGACGAGGCGCACUACUACAGAAAUGGCUUUUCGCCACGCCCCAAUUGCCACGGUUAUAGGCGGAACCGUGGCUAAAGGUCAGUUGCCACAGUUAUACACGGAACCGUGGCAAAAUGGGGAAAUAUUUUAUUAUUAUUUUUAGGAACCGUGGCAAUAGGCUAUGUUUUUUAGAAACCCCAGCAAAUUAACAAUCUGGCUCCAGUACUCCAAAUUUUUUCCCUCCCCACACGCACUCUCCACCCCAACAGAACCCUAACCCUCAGUUCCCUCUUCUCCUCAGUUAGAAACCCCAGCAAAGACUCACCUGAACACGAUUUCCCUCUUCUCCUCCGCCUCGACUCAGUUCAAGAACACGUAUGAGAACACGAUUUCCCUCUCUUCCUCUCCCUCUCGUUCUCAAUGAUCUCCCUCUUGCUUCGUCGUUCACAGUAGCUGCUCGCUGUCAGAUACCGUAGCUGUUCGAUUUCACAGUAGCUGUUCGCUGUCGUUCACAGUAGUUGUUCGAUUUCCGUCUUCUCCUCCGCCGUCUCCGUACUCUUUCACCGUUCUCACUGCAAGUACCAUCCACAGAUGUGAUUGAUAGACUAAAUGCAUUGAGAGGUAGAGGCAUGGCUUCCUUGUAUUCAUGGUCUUGUAAGAGAAGCUACAAUAGUGGAUUUGUGUGGCAUGAUCUUUCUGAAGAUGAUUUAAUUUUACCAGCCCAUGGAAUUGAGUAUGUCCUCAAAGGCUCUGAGCUCUUUGAUGAAUCCAAUUCAGAUAAUUUCAGUCCCAUUAGCAACGUCAAAAUGCAGAACGUGAAGCUGCUGCCGGGGCCAGCUUCUUCUAGAAGUCAUGAUGAAGCCUCUUCCUCAUCUAGCAUGAAUGGGAAAGAGACAAGAACCUCCCAAGAGGACGAGCUUUCUCAAGAACCGCAUACGGGCUCCUCGGAUGUUUCCCCGGAGUCUAGGGAUGAAAAGAGCGACUCUCUGAGCUUGGCAUUGACAGAGUACAAAAUUUACAAGACUGAUGGAUUGGCAGAUGCUUCCACUCAGACAGAAGAACAAGUUAGCAGAACCAGAGCUCAGAAAACUUGUACAAGGGGUGUAUCAACAGAGGAUAGAUCAUUAGAACCUGAAUGCCAUGAAAUAUGUCAAGCUGAAGUUCCAGAAGUGAAAGAUAAUCCGAAAAUGUGCAAGGAUACCAUUUAUCCUUCUCCUUCAACUUCAAGCCCCUUAUCUUUUGGGAGUAAGGCUGAAACUUUGGAAUCUUUGAUUAGAGCUGAUGCUAGCAAACUGAGCAGCUUUAGGACCCAGGAAGAGGAGGGCGCUCGGGUGCCGCCAACCAACACGAGGCUGAAGGCCUCAAAUUUGCUGAUGCAACUGAUCUCAUGUGGCUCGAUAUCAGUGAAAAACCACAGUUUUGGCCUUAUUCCUUCCUAUAAGCAUAGGUUUUCUGAUUCAAAAUUCCCUUCUCCGCUGUUCUCCACUUCUUUUAUGUUAGGGGAAUUUGAUUGCUUAGCAGAGAAUCCAAAGCUGAUGAAUCUUAGGUUGGAAGACAAAGAAUACUUUAGUGGGAGCUUAAUUGAGACUAAAUUGAAGGAAGGAGAGGCACAUAAAGUUCUAAAACGUUCUUCUUCCUACAAUGAUGAAAGGACAUAUAAAGACCAGAAACCACAAGAAGACAAAGAGGAAACAUCCUCAGGACAUUCAAAAUGCAUUCCACGAUCAAUCAAGGCUUCAUUGACCAAGCAUCCACGAAGCGAAUCCAUGAAAUCCCCCAUUUCUGAUGGGCCAAGAAACUCAUCGGACAGAUUUGAUGGAUUAGGCAUAUCCUCAGUAACAUCUAACGGUAGCAGCAAAAGAAUCUCCGAACCUUCAUCAGGGAAGAAGCAGUCAAAGAGGAUAGAUUCGUUUAGGGAAGAAGAGUACUUCUCUGAUUGUCAAUUUGGCUUCUACGAUGAGUAUCAACUAAAUGAAAUUAAAGAAGAGUGGGCUACUUAUGUGUUAAAGAAUUUUGCCUAGUGUGGACUGCCAAGCUUUGGUGAUUUCAAGUAGUGGCCGGGGGUUUGUCAAGCUGCUGUUUUUUCAUCAAUAAAAGAGGCUGAUGAUGAGUCAACCUCAUUGCUGUUUGUUGUUGUUCCAGCUGCAUGUUUUGUCAUUAUUAAUUCAUGCUUUUAACUGAUGUAGCUUAUUUGGUUUAAGUUCUUGAGAGAGUGUGUUCUCAACAACAAUUAGUAUUUUUAGACAAAUUUGUUAAGUGACAUGGGUUUUAGUAUUGUUUUGUUGUUGGCACAUUUGAGUAAUUAUCUUCUAGAAUAUGUUAAUGUUA